UAUCAGAAAUAAAAAAUUUAUGGAAACUCUAAAUGCAACUUAUGUAAACCUUUGCCGACUAAAUAACAAAAAGAACACUUGCUUUCUGGCAAAAUGGCAGAAGUGCCACAUUCAUUACUCUCAGUGUCCUAAUUGGGGCGUCUGUACAUUUGUCAAACGGCUGUCAGGUCCAACAGGACAGAUAACGCGGUAGUGCUGUCAGAGUUCCAGGUGUGGAGAAAAAGAAACAGGAAGUCCAUCGUUCGGGAUCAAAGGAGAGACUAAACAUGUCCAGUGAUGUAAGAUAUUGCGAGAAGUUCUCCUACGUCUUUCUGAAAAUCAGCCUAAUUGUAUAUGCCACUAUAUUCUGGCUGGUUGGGGGGUUCAUCCUGGCCAUUGGAAUCUACGCAGAGGUGGAGCGGCAGCGCUACAAAACCCUGGACGGGGUGUUCCUGGCCCCCUCCAUAAUCCUGAUCGUCCUCGGGGUGAUGAUGUUCAUCGUCUCUUUCAUCGGUGUGCUGGCGUCACUUAGGGAUAACCUGAUGCUACUCAAAGUGUUUCUAUACACCUUGACAUUCUGCCUCGUUCUGGAGCUUUUUGGUGGCAUAAUGGCUUUGCUGUUUAGGAAUCAGACUGUGGACCUCUUAAACAAAAACAUUCGCAAAGGAAUCGUGAAUUACUAUGAUGAUCUGGAUUUCAAAAACAUCAUGGAUUUUGUUCAAAGAAAGUUCAAGUGUUGUGGAGGGAAGGAGUACUCUGACUGGGGAGUCAACAUGUACCAUAACUGCACGGCUCCUGGCCCCCUAGCGUGUGGCGUCCCUUACACCUGCUGCAUUGAAAAAAAGCCAUUUGAAGUUGCCAACACACUAUGUGGAUAUCAGGUCCUUGAUAAAGAAAGGCUGUCCUUGCAGGACACCAUCCACAUUAGAGGCUGUACUGAUGCUGUAUUCAUCUGGUUGAUGGACAACUAUAAGACAAUGGCUGGCUUGUUGUUUGGCAUCUUAUUCCCCCAGUUCUUUGGUGUGAUCAUUAGCUGGCUGUACAUCACACGGGUGGAGGAUGCCAUCGCUGAAUAUGGUCAUUAUCAGGACGGACUGCUAGAGACAGUAGACAGUGGCUUCAGGACAGUCAGGAAGCAGGGCCGAAUGGCUAAAUGUUGCAGGUGCAUGCCUGAGAUUGACUGAGCAGGCUUCUAGUUAUCUAGCCGGCCUGGAACACUGCUGUACCAGUAUGAGCUUGCAAAGAUGGCAACUCACUGCCGGUCUCAGCCUUCCGACAAACUGGUGUUUCCGUGCCUUAUCCGUGUCUUUUAGUGUGUUUACGGGGGGCAUUCAUUUCAGGGUUUUCUUUUUUUUUUUGGGUGGGGGAGUGUUUAUGAAGGUUUUUUUUUUAUGGAAUUGUAUACACGGGCCUGUGCUGUGUGAAGAAUUAACUGCUGUUUUCAUUAAGUGCUUUGGUCCCCCAGCAUUGAAGAAAUGUCAUUUUAUCUAAAUACAAAUAAUUAAUAGAAGUUGAAGCUUAGUAGUUUCGUCAAACAGUCAUUGUGCCUCAGAUUCCUUCAUCAAUGUCAGUACUAAGAUUACUAAGUACUAAGGGAUAUAUUUUCAUGACCUCCAAUGUUGAGGCCAAAGGUUUAUUUAAAAGGUUAAAUAAAAUUCUAAAAAUAUAUAAGGAUACAUGAUAAUCUAAGCCGCAUUUGACUUGUAUAGUGUAGACAUUAGUUUUGCAAUGUGAAGUAAAUCUGUUUGCCCAUUUGAUUCAAUUUUCAAAUACUAAGGGAUAUAUUUUCUAUCGGAAAUUCUAUGGAGUGUGCCUUGCCUCAAUCCAAUUUAACGAGCAGUAAGCUUAGAAUAAUUUCAGUUAAGAAUUCUAUGUUUUUAAUUAGACAGAGCAAACAUAUCUGCUCAUGUUUUAGCUUGAUUUUAUUACUGUGUAUUUGGAAGCAACAUGAAGUGACAAUCAAUUACGUUUAUUUCCAAUCAAUUACGUUUAUUUUUAACAGCUAAUAUUCUGAGCUUUAGCAGCCUGUUUCCAUGGCAAAUGACUAAAAGUGGUGGUGACUUCAAAUUUGAAUUUAGAAGCACAAUAUAACUUGCACGAUUUUUGCUGAAAAUACAUAUCCAAGUUAUUGGUUUAUUCAUGACCUACUUGUAAUUUGCUGUCAGUAAUGAUGAUGAUGAUGAUGAUAAUAAUAUAAUACAUCUUAUUUAGAAAAACAUUUCUGUGCAGUUGAUGGAGGUUAUAACGUUUAUUUUUGUUAUUUUUAUUUUUUAUACUUUAAUGUUGUUCAUUUAUAGAAAUGUUAGUGUUAGCUCACUGUAAUUCUUUUGAACAUUCUAGUGAUCUGGUGAAUAAAUAAAUUAUGUUUACAGUU